AAAUUAAACUACCAUCUCUCUAAAGCUCUCUCUCUCUCUCUCUCUCUCUCUCUGUAUGUGUUAUCUGUCUGUCUGUCUUUAUCUCUCUCUCCCCUCUUUUAUGCAGAUUCUGUAAACCACUAGUUCCCCUGAGUCAUCAUUAUCAAAAUGAAGAUGAAGGGCAUAGAUAUCUUCUGUGCAUCCCAAGCUUCAACAGCCAUAUGUUUGAGCAUGGAUCAAGCAUCAUCCUCCUCAUCCUCAUCAAUCAUUCAACUUGGUGGCAGAGCCAUCGACCGCCACAACCCCAUUAUCAAAGAUGCAAGAAGAAGCACAAGCACCAGAACUCUGCCCAUUGCUCCAUGCUCUUCUUCUCAGUCACCAAUCAAUCCCAAGGCUUACCAUCAACUCCAAAAGAGCAAGAAGAAAAGCUCCUCCUCCUCAUCAUCAAGACCAAGCACUGACCAUCACCAAACCAAGAAGAAGAGCUCCGCUUUUAGCUCCACAAAGGAAAAUGACCAGAAGAGGAAGAGCAGUGCUUCUAAUCCGAAGCCAGCUGAUAAUGUUAAGAAAUUCUCCUCUGUUCCAAGUGAGAGUGUUACGAAGAGCUCUGCCAACCCAAUUGAUCUCAUCACCCCUCCUGGCUCCUCCAGAUACCUUUUGAGUGACACUGUGUACUUUGAUGGGUUAUCUGAUUAUGAUCCAGUUUUGGCAUUGGUUCCAGUUGGGCACAAAAAGAACCCAGCUACAGUGCUGAACCAAGAAAAUCAAUCUGCCAAUAAUUCUUCAACAGGCUCUUCCUCAUCUCUGUUAAAACCACAACCACCCCCUCCUCCUUCCAACCAGGUUGUAGUCUUAAGGGUGUCCCUGCACUGCAAAGGCUGUGAAGGAAAACUGAGAAAACAUCUAUCUAGAAUGGAAGGAGUGACAUCUUUCAACAUAGACUUUGCAGCAAAGAAGGUGACAGUCAGUGGAGAUGUAACCCCAUUGAGUGUCCUUGCCAGUGUCUCAAAGGUGAAGAAUGCUCAAUUUUGGCCAACAGUGUCUGCAUCAUCUACCUCACCAGCUUGUCCUACCAAACUUGAGGCCAAGAAAUAAUAUAACAGGUAAUUGAAGAGAGAGAGAGAGAGAGAGACUGGGAUACUGUAGCUGUAUGGUUUGGAUGUGAAUUAAUUAAUAAUUAAUCUUAGUGUAAAUGCACUAUUAGCAGCAUGGGUGGAGAGGAACCAGAUUCUGUAUUGCUUGGCAGGAACUAGGUAGGAAGUUGAGUGAGUGGUAGAAUAGAAUCCAUAUCAUUAUCAUAUUAUGGUUCACUCUUUUUAGUUUGCUUUGAGUUUGGGACCUUUGCUUUCUGUUUCUUAUAAGAAAAAAGGUGGAGCCUUUUAGGGUACCCUACAAAUUUAAAGUCUGCUUGGCCUCCCCAUUUUAUUCUAUUUAUCAAGUCCCCAUGUUUUUGUUUAAUA